UAAUUUCUUAGCUUCAUAUUGAUCAGAUGGUUUAUUAUCUGUUGUCUAUGGCAUUAAUACUAGAUCAUCGAUUAUUACUAAAACAACUCCAUAUCAAGUUAUGUUCGGACAAGAACCUCGUUCUGAUUCUAAUUCUUGGAAACUUGUUAAAGAAAAUGAGAAACAACAAACAGGUUUUAUUGUAAUCGAUAUUGUUCUUACUGCUGGUGACUGUGGUGAUUUCAUAUUAGGUUGUGAUUUUAUCUCAACUGGUGAUUUUACAUCAGGUGGUGAUUUCAUAUUAGGUUGUGAUUUUAUCUCAACUGGUGAUUUUACAUCAGGUGGUGAUUUUACAUCAGGUGGUGAUUUCUUAUUAGGUUGUGAUUUUACAUUAGGUGGUGAUGUUAUGUUAGGUGGUGAUGUUAUGUUAAGUGGUGAUGUUAUGUUAGGUGGUGAUGUUAUGUUAAGUGGUGAUGUUAUGUUAGGUGGUAUACGUCUUGGAAUAGGUAUUUUUCCAUUUAAUGGUUCUUGUCAUCGACUAUCUCAUUCAUGUCGUACAAAUAGUACACAACAUUCAUCAUGA